AAGGAAUGCUAGCAUGUAAAUAAUGCAGGGAUGUACGGGGUGCAGAGAUGUAAAGGAAUCAGGGAUGUAAAGGGUGCACACAAGAGUAAUAGAAUAAAUAACCCCUGAAACGUUCUUCCUUCUAAUGAGUUUAUUCAAUAAGCUAAGAAGAUAAAUACAGCAGAUUAAAUAAAUGCAGAAAAUAAAAUAAAGGUCGAACGGUUAAUAAUGGUGCCGCAGCCAGCUACCUUUACUUGAAUCAUUGGCUGUUUUUUUCUUUUUUUUUCACGUGGAGAAAUCUUAAGCGGGGAGCCGCUACUCCCGAUGUCAUUCACUUUCAUUCAUUGACGAGAUUGUAAUUAUCGAUAACAUGCCAAUUUUUAAUUAAUCCCCGUUAACCGUGAAGAUGGCACAGGAAUCGAACAAAAGCCGAACAGGCACCCUUUCAAAAAUGACAUUUCAGUGGUCGAAUUACAGCAGGGUUACAGGAGAAACGAAAGACAUUCUUAUUAUGUUUUUUCUUUUCACGAAUAGUAGGAAAAAUUUUUCGAGUGACGUAGAAUGUCAGCGGAAACCGCAAAAGCACCAGUUGCAACGCCUGCAAACCCUGCCCCUGAUGACAUAGCGAGUUUACAGGUUUCUUUACCUCAAAUGUUGGAUCUUGCACUCGGAACUCCAGAAGUUGGAGUUGUAAAUUUGAACAUCCUGCACCACUUCUUGCACAUUUUACUGCAUCAAAUUAAUUUGCGAACAACUAAAGUUGAAUAUCGUGGCGAGGAUGCAAAUCGAAUCAAAACGAUGGUAAGCUCUCUGAAAGCAGGUCCUUCGCUUCAUCUCCAGGAGUACAGUAUUAUUAGUGGUGCCAACGAUGUGAAACAACGCGUUCAGGACGGCGAACCUGCAAGUUUGAACGUUGAUGUAGUUGUAGAUGGUCCUGUAGAAACUCCCGCGGUAAAAACCGGAAGCGGUUCAGUUGCAGAAAGUGAAAAAUCUGUGAUAGAGAAAGAAAUAAUGUCUACACAUUCACAAGCAGAUGCAGAUCUAAAAACAGCCAAAGGUACAAGACAGAAAAUUAGUCCUGGGGUGAAUGGCGAACCGGAAACGGUCAUCUAUGUGGAACCACUUGUCGAUGGUUCGACACCUACAGCAUUAGGAUUCAAACGCCUCGAACAAUCCGUGAACGAACUUCGUCACCAAUUUCAUGUUCUGGAAGAAUUAGCAACAACCCCUGAACUUGUGGAACGUGUGAAGGGUAAAGUCACCGACCCUGUGACCGACGUUUGGCAAAUUAUCAAUAUAACAAAAAGAUUGGAUGCCACUGAACAAGGUAUUGAUAAGUUGACAAAAAUGAUGCAAGACGUGAUGAAAGGGGAUAUAAGUUUCGAGGGGGAGGAGACGUCCCAACUGGACGACAGAUUGGCAAAUGUAGAAAUCGACCUCGAAAACUUGAACCGGAUUGUCAAGAACUUGCAAAUAAUAUCCGACAGCGCUGAGGAUAAUGGCGAAGAAAUUUUACUCCAAGAAGCACCGUCCACUGCGAAGGAGAAUGGACAACCGGGCCAACGGGUUUCGUUAAGUCAGCUUUUAGGUGGAAUAGACGUGAAACAGAUGAAUCAAGACGUGGCCUCGUUGCAAGGGCAAGUUACUCAAAUGAAAGAAGAACUACAAAAUUUGAACACAAAGAUUCAUAAAUCAAAAAGUGAGCUGAUACAGCAUGUAGCAAAGGAACAAGCUAAAUACAAAGAGCAGGAACUCUCGAAAAAAUCGCAAGUAGAUAUCGAUGCAUCAGCAGAAGAAUCAGAGCUAGAAGAAAAGUCAGAAAAGUAUGCGGAAGGUGUUAAGGAAACGCCCAAGGAAACUAAACCGGCGCCUAAAGAUGCUUCCAAAGAAAAACAGAUGGAAUCAACACCGCGAAAGAGUACAUCAGAAGCUGUUGAAGGUGCAGAUGCAAUAGAUUCAGAACAAUUACAAGAGAUGAGAGAGCGUAUCGGUAAAUUGGAGAAGGAUGUGUCAUGCUUGUUCGAGAAAGUUGAAAGUGCACCAAUGGCUGGAGUGAGCGGCAAUGCUGAACUCGAUGAUUUAGUCUCGAAAAUUCAAGGAAUUCAAACUGACAUGGAUAAACUGAAUCAAACUGCAGAUAACCUCAUUGAUGACCGAGAAAAUCGUGAAAUACAUCUCAACGCCUUGCUAGAGCAAGUGGAACUACUGAAAACUAUUAAAGCGGACAGAGAGGAUCUCGAGGACGCUCUUGCCGACAAGGCUGACGCUCAGGCGAUAACCAGAAAAGUAUCGUACGAUCAAUUCGAUGCAGCUUGCGAUGACCUGGCGCAAGGUCUAGAAGACGCGAUUAACAAAUUAGGAAAGCAGGAAUCAAUUUGGCAGCAAGCUAUGGACGAAGUGCAAAGGGAGAUCGAAGGAAAGGUUGACAAAAUGGAAAUGACACCGUUGAAAGACUUCGUAAGCGCUAAAUUGAAGUCGCUUCAAGAAAAAGUAAAGAACGUUGCGCAAAUGAGACAAGAAAGCGAAGCUGCUGGAACGAAGAAGUUACUCAAGGAUGUUCAGUGUAUAUCUUGUGACAAGAACGUGGUUAUGAAAAUGGAGGAUUCUCACAGAUUUAGAUCAGAAACGUUACCUUGCACUGGGAGCAUGAAGCCGUAUCUAACUUAUGAAUUAGAUCAAGUUAGAAAGCAGCAUAGAAGGUUGCCUCAUAGUAGAAACAUGCUUCAGUUUGAGGCAGCCUUGCAGGAAGACGCGAGAAAGCAAAGGAGCGCGAAAGCCGAUACUCUAGUGAAGACACCUAGAGAUCAUCUGUGCAAUCGAUAUUGUGGCGGAAGUCACACAGUCACGACUCCUCAACAGAGAGUAAUGCGAGUGGGUCAUUUCCUGACUCAGUGGGGACCGGAAAUAAUCCAGCUGACGGAAGGAAUGAUAAAGGGAACGGAUGGUAAGAUGUAUAAGAGUCGACCAAUGCCGGGUAAAUUCGAUGUCUGUGGACCUGGUUAUUGCCAGGAUCGUGGUGACGAAAUUCGACUAUCGAUGAAAGUUCCGUCAACUCCUCAAGAUCAACGGAAGAUUAGUGAAAAACAAUCCAAUGGAAGGAAAAAGACAUCAAGGAGAUCAUCUCGAGAAUUAACCACUGAAGUAAUAGAAGAGCUCCCAGAAACUCCUAGAGAAAGGGACAGGAAUGCAUCAGAGUUUACAACAUAUGAAACUUCUGAUCGAGGUGUUCGGUACAUGAAUGAAGAUGAUAUGGAAGAUUUAGAGUAAACAAAAUUGUAAUUAUCCCUCAGAAUAUAUGUCUAAAAUUUUGUAUAUUGUCAAUUGUAACAAAAAUAUGUAACACAAAACAUUAGAAAUAAAAGACAAUUACCUGAGCUAA